CCCAGUUGAUUUUUGGAGUUUUGGUGUUGUGGCUUUUGAGCUUGUCACAGGUAUUAGACCAUUUUUACACAAAUCCAGACGACCCCUUGAGUGGGUUGGACCUACUCGUAAUAAGAGGGACAACUGUAUCUAUAUUACACUCAACAAUGGGCAAUUGGAGUAUUAUGACAGCAUACCAUCCCCUCAUCAAUUAUCAAGUGCUUUUGCUGGUGAACUAACUAAAUGGCUUCAGGUCGUCCUUCAUCAGGAGUCAGAGAAAAGAGGUGUGGCUCACAAUGGAGAUGAGGCUCCAUGCUUACUUCAUAUUGACAGAAUAUUAAAGACUAAGGUAUUGAUCAUUGUUAGUAUGUCCAAUGGUCACGUCCUAUCCUACAGUGUAAGAUGUGACUCAAGUUAUCAGUCACUCUCAGCAUGGCUGGAAGAGAAAGGCUAUCCUAAAUCUAAACAGUACCUUGUUACAGAUAGAGGGGAGCUGUUGUCAGAUUCAUUACUUGAUCUUCACUCCUCAUUGAGAUGGGAUGAUUGUAUCUGCACAGUCUAUCUGUUCUCUCAAGACGUAGUCCCUUCGUUUAAACUCGUUGUACAAGUCACUCCGUCAGUUACGAAUUUGAUUACUAAUGGAGAUGAGAAUUUGCAUAGAGAGGAUAAAUACAUGCACUUUGCUCAUGCCUACUCUCACAUUAAAGAUCAGGAGAGGCUCUUCUGGAGGAUUCAUAAUGGGCACAGAGCUAUUCUGCAACUGAUCAGACCAGUCACUGAGGAAUUGAAAGGACAUUAUGAUGAUCACAGCACUGAAGUUGCAAAGUGUUUGGGAGUUGCUAAUUUUAUGAAGAAAAUGUAUUCAGAAGACAUGGAGAAAUUGUCAGAUAACAGUAGAAUUAAUGCAUGGAGAAGUGAACUAAGCAAAUUGGAUCAAGCAAUUAAGGACCUUCAUUCACUUACUUCUGAGAUGCAUGCACUUCCCCAAGAGAUUGGAGAGGAGCUAACUAAAUGUGAAGUGAUGAAUGAAGCUAUCAUUAGCAGUAGAGAUCAGUUCAGGGAUUUCAACACUUCAUGUGUGUCAAGAGCCCUUGAUAUUAUCAAGAAAGAGAAAAAUCACGAGCCCCACAAUAAUAGUAUGGCGGACCUGUUAACUAGAUCAAGCCAGCUAGCCGAGAAUAUAAUCCAAGAUCAUUUGAAUCGAUAUGAUUUUUUGAAGCUUUAUCUUCAAUUGAAGAGGCUAAUAGAGAGAAGGGAUUCCAUAAAACCGAAAAUUGACCGCUUGGAAGUGAAAUGCGAUGAGAUUAACGCUACUCUACGCAAAGAAAUGUGGUCUCUAAUUAAGAUACAAAGAAGUAGCAGUGAUUUUGAUGUCACGCAAUCUCUUAAUAACUCAGUCUUUAAUGGAUCUGGUUAUAAAUAUACACGCUCAAGCUCUGUUACUAGCUGUAAUUCUAUUCUGUCACGAAUGAGAAGUCAGGGCAGUGUCUCCUCUGAAUCAGUGGAUGCCGGAGACGAAGAGCUACAGUCGCUUGUAGGAUCACUGAAGCUUGAAAUAAAGAAUAUGUGCAGAAUGAGUGACGAUUGUAUUCUUCAAAAUGAAGACAUACGUCGGACACAAAUCUCAAUGAAAGUUCAGAGCUCUGAGUCUCAUUCUGUCUCCCCCUCUCAAUAGCAUCUAUUAUAUUUAUAAUUAUUGAUUUCUAUAUUAUUUGUAUGAUUGAUGUUCUAAAUCUUAUAGCUGUCUUAUUUUAGUGACUUAAUGAUAUUCAUUAGUUCACCUGUGUAAUGAUUAAAAUAAUAAUUUUGCUUGUGGGCGUUUAUUUGAG